CAACACUCCGCGCAAGUUGUACACUUGACGCUAUCUACCUUUCUAUCUGGCAAACUAAAUAAUACAUCAUAUUAUAAAACCGACAAGUGAAAGCUAUUUUUGCAUCUAAUUCUGUGGUUUAUGUUAAAGAUUUAACACAACCGAGAAAAAAGCGGAUCGAAUGGCCCAACAUGAAUAUAAAAUUCUUAUUAAAACCAAGGAAGGGUACCGCGCAGUUGUUUACUCUACUGACCAUGGCAUUCAAGCUGCUGUGCUCAAUUCAUCGAUUCCCCGUUGUUAUCAAAUUCAACAUGUUCCAGUUGUGUUCGGCAACCCAUACGCUUCACAAUAUUUCAGGAAGGAGAGUUUCCCACUAUCUCAUCCGUCGCACAUUCAGCUGUUGCGUGUGAAUAACUCAUUCGUGCUUCAUAUCGGAAGAGCUGGAUUGUAUGGUGGGGGACACGCUUUUAGUUGUGAUGGCUCCCCGGUUUAUUGUUGUAAUAUGUGCCAUUUCUCAUGUCCCAAUAAUAGAUGUUAUGACUGUUGCACACAUCGAGGGGAACACAACUGUUUUGAACGACAGGCCGAUCAAAGACGUGCACAGGAAGAGCGCGAAGAACGACGACGUGCUGAACAGGAACGUAUACGGCAGGAGCAACAACAAAAAAGACAGCGAGAACAAGAAGCACGUGAACAACAACAGCGGGAAGAGGCACGACUAAAACAACUAGAACAGGAACGACAGCAGCGAUUGCGACAGCAACGAGAGCAAGAAGAACUGGAGAGGAAAAGGCAGGAAGAGGACGCUCGACGGGAAAAGAUGGAACGUGAACGUCAAGAGCGUGAACAACAGCAAAGGUUGCAACGCGAACGGGAAGCAAAGCAAGAACAGGAACGACAGAAACGAUUGCGACAACAACGAGAGGAAGAGGAGAGGAAACGGCAGGAAGAGAUCGCUCGACGGGAAAAGAUGGAACGUGAACGUCAAGAGCGUGAACAACAGCAAAGGUUGCAACGCGAACGGGAAGCAAAGCAAGAACAGGAACGACAGAAACGAUUGCAACAAAAACGAGAGGAAGAGGAAAGGGAGAGGGAACGGCAGGAAGUGAUCGCUCGAUGGGAAAAGAUGGAACGUGAACGUCAAGAGCGUGAACAACAGCAAAGGUUGCAACGCGAACGGGAAGCAAAGCAAGAACAGGAACGACAGAAACGAUUGCAACAAAAACGAGAGGAAGAGGAAAGGGAGAGGGAACGGCAGGAAGUGAUCGCUCGAUGGGAAAAGAUGGAACGUGAACGUCAAGAGCGUGAACAACAGCAAAGGUUGCAACGCGAACGGGAAGCAAAGCAAGAACAGGAACGACAGAAACGAUUGAAACGACAACGAGAGGAAGAGGAGAGGGAACGGCAGGAAGAGAUCGCUCGACAGGAAAAGAUGGAACGUGAACGCCAAGAGCGUGAACAACAGCAAAGGUUGCAACGCGAACGGGAAGCAAAGCAAGAACAGGAACGACAGAAACGAUUGCGACAACAACGAGAGGAAGAGGAGAGGAAACGGCAGGAAGAGAUCGCUCGACGGGAAAAGAUGGAACGUGAACGUCAAGAGCGUGAACAACAGCAAAGGUUGCAACGCGAACGGGAAGCAAAGCAAGAACAGGAACGACAGAAACGACAACGAGAGGAAGAGGAGAGGGAACGGCAGGAAGAGAUCGCUCGACAGGAAAAGAUGGAACGUGAACGCCAAGAGCGUGAACAACAGCAAAGGUUGCAACGCGAACGGGAAGCAAAGCAAGAACAGGAACGACAGAAACGAUUGCAACAAAAACGAGAGGAAGAGGAAAGGGAGAGGGAACGGCAGGAACAGAUCGCCCGACGGAAAAAGAUGGAACGUGAAAGCCAAGAGCGUCAACGACGUGAACAUGAGCACAGGAUGCAACGCGAACGAGAAGCGAUUCUAGAACAGGAACGGCAGGAACGAUUGCGACAACAGCGUGAGCAAGAGAAAAAGCAAAGAGAGCAACGGGAAAGGGAAUCGAUAAAGUCAAAAUUACAGGAAGUAUUGCAGCAACCCUUAGCUGUGCGAGAUGACGAGUCGGGUUGUGUGAGUGAAGAGGAAACAAAUGAGUUAAAUGAUAGGGAGGAGCUGAAGGAAUCAAUAUAUGUACAACAGGAAGGUCCUAUAGAGACUACGGCAUCGAUUUAUGAACAUAGAGUGGAUACUGGUAGCACAUUUUUUGGAUCAUUGAAGUUAAGUGAUGGAUCACCAAAAUUUUGUUUUGAAAAUUGUUGCAACGAUGAACCCGUUCCUGAGUCAUGGCAUAAAAUAAUGUUAGGCUACAUGUCAGAAGAUGAUGAAAAAAAUCUAAUAUUUGAACUCACUGUCUAUCCUGAGGGACCAACAGAUACAUUACUGCUUGAAAUGUUUAGGAUCAAUUGGUUGGCAAUAGAAAAGUUGUUUGAUCGACAGGAUCGUCAAAAAAUAUUGUUGGCGCUGCGUACGGAACAGAUGAUCCGCAAAUUCAACUUAAUGCACAUAAAUGAUAUCUUAUAUAUGCUAAGCAAGGUUCCUUCCGAAGGAUUAGAAAUUGUGUGUAGAAGAAGCGAAUUUUGGUACCAACAUUUGAAGCGAUGUUGGAUCAAAUCCAAGAUUCCACAAUAUAGUGAAGACGAUGUAUAUACCAAGCUUGUUCAAGUGCUUGUAAGUAUACCCUGGAAUAGUUUGAUGACUUUGCAGGUUCUGAAUGCCAUCUCUGAAGAAAGAAAUCAACCUGCGGUUUACGAUUUUUUGAACACGGUCAAAAAAGAAAAUAUUUCUCAUUUUGCUAUUAUGGAUAUUAUUACUAAAACCUAUGGUAAAGACUGUGCUUUAGCUUGGCUUAGAGAACUCCAAUACCAAAUACUAAUUAAUGAAGUAUUCGAAUUAUCACAAGAAAUCGCUCGUAAAUUGGAUUCGACAAUAGCAGUAGUUUUACGAAAAGAAUCGACCAACACGCUUAUUAACUUAAUUACAUCUAAUAAGCAUAUUUUGAAAUCAAAUAUGACCGCAUUCGCUUCCAUUUUAGAACAUGUAUUAACAUAUCAAACAACACCAGAAGUAUGGAUUGAAGUCAGUAGAAUUCUCAAUUCUGAAGAAAAAGCCGACACGUGGAUUGCACAAGUAGACAAAUUCAUUGUUUCUACCAUAUAUGGUGAAAGCUUUGAACAUAGUGCUGAUGAGUUAAUAACACGUAUGGGUGCAUGUACAUAUAACUUUGAGAAUAUCAAUCUAGACGAUGUUAGGAAGGCUUUCAAAGCUGUAAAAUCAGAAUGUACCGGUCGGUUUUCAUUGUUCAACUCGAAUCGAAUUGGAAAGUGGGCUGCACGCGUUAAGCAAAAUUACGAUAAGUUCACACUAGAAGAUAAAAUAGCAGCCACAAUACGAGCCGUUAAGCUUUGUCACAAGUUUAUGGUUCGAGAUUCCCAGAUUUUGUCAUUAAUUAUGCUGCUGAAUGCAAAUAAAGAUUGUGGGUGCCUUAUCCAGGUCAACACCGGAGAGGGUAAGUCCAUCAUCGUUGCCAUGCUGGCCGUGAUUCAUGCGCUCAAAGGUGUCCAGGUCGAUGUUGUUACGUCAUCCACUGAGCUGUCUAUUCCUGAAGUGAAGAAACAACGACCUUUCUUCGAAAUGUUUGGUUUCACGGUAGACGAAAAUAGUGGUGAUAAGAAAAAGACGGAGGUUUAUGAAUGUGAUAUUGUUUACGGAACGGCUUCAGAUUUCCAAGGCGAUAUACUGCGAACUGAAUUUCUGGGAAACGAAUGUCGCGGAAACAGAAAGCAUAAUGUGGUCAUAGUGGAUGAGGUGGACAGCAUGUUGUUCGACAGUCGUACGCAUAGUGUGCGAUUGUCCAAUGAGAAUCCCGGUAUGACUCAUCUUGAAGUUCCCUUGGCUGUCAUUUGGCAACAUAUCCACACUAUUUACAUUCACAUGGUAGAGGUUGAAGGUACGGUGUAUUUUAUCACAGAAGAUUUUGAGGCAAUCGGAAAUCAGUUUACGCUAUACUCUGGGCAGCAUUGGCGAGCUGUGAGCACCGAAGUACACGACAAAAAGGAUUUUAUCGUUAAACACACCGAAGAGCAUUUGAGAAAACUGUUGCGGAAGUUAAAUGAUGAUGAACAAAAAGAGUACGACGAUUAUCAAACAAUAAAUCUACAGAUAAUGGACAUGGCAGAACAGUCAUCAAAGAACGAGAACGACGCAAACAUAAAAAUAAAACUGGAAGAGCUGCGUGAAACUCUUGUGAAGCAUGCAUGGAAUAAUCGUUAUCCCAUUAUAGAAGUUCCUAAGCAUUUGAGAAAUUUUGCUUUAAAUCAAAUCCCUUUAUGGGUGGAAAAUGCUAUAGCAGCUAAAUGGGUUUACCAGAAAGACGCACACUAUACCGUUAUUGAUGGGAAAAUUAUUCCGGUGAACUUCAAAGAAACGGGUGAUCUUCAAACGAAUAUGAUCUGGAGUGACGGUCUGACGCAAUUUCUGCAACUAAAAGAGGGUCUGCGAAUGGAUCCGGAAGGCAUAUCCACAAACUUUAUCUCCAAUGUAAAUUUUUUCAAGCGAUACGGCUCUAACAUCUACGGAAUGACUGGAACGCUCGGAGAGAAAUCCACUCUAAAAUUUUUAAAUGCCGUGUACGGCACGGAUAUGUUUGUAAUCCCACCGUACAAGACCAUUGAUAUCCCAAAUAACGAAUCGUCUGGAUAUCGCUGCAAAGAGCUUGCUCCUCUGGUUAUGUCUAACCGAGCGACAUGGUACCAAAGUGUUAAAGAGAACGCUCUGUACCAUGCACAAAAUAAACGAGGUGUCCUUAUCAUAUGCAAAUACAUCAAUGAAGUUCGGAGCCUUGCUAACAUGUUGAAGAAGCUCCACAAUCCAAAAAAGGUGUUCAUUUACACGGGAGAGGAAAACAACUUCAAGAAGCAAACGAUUGAUUCAGAAGAGAUAAUCAUAGCCACAAACAUUGCGGGUCGUGGAAUGGAUCUCAAGACAACGACAAAUGUUGAAGAACAUGGAGGAAUGUAUGUGCUGGUGACAUUUUUGCCAGAUAGCUUCCGCGUCGAAAUGCAAAAUGUGGGGCGAACGGCUCGCGAAGGAAAGCGAGGAAUGGCCCAACUGAUUGUAUUAGAUAAAAACAAUACUUCGAUGGACGUCCUUAAGCGGGUACGUGGAGUCCAUGAGGCUGAAGCAACCACGUCGGCGAUCGAUGACGCCAAUAAGAUGCUAAUUCAAGACUGUUUAUUUGAGCAGUUCUGCUUGCUAGAGAACAGUCUAUUGCCUGGCAUGGAGGAGUCGAGUAAAAUUCAGACUUGGGAUAUGCUUCAUGAAGGAUGGAAAGAUUAUUCGGCGCAUCAUUUAAAUCCUUGGAGAAUUGAACAAAAGGCUGCAAUGUGGACCGAAAAAAGACGAAAAGAGUUAGUAAAAAAGGCAUUCAAGAAGCUCACCAAGAACGAGCAAGCAAAGUUAACCGAGAAAGAUAAACAAAAUCUUCAUGAUGGCGUGAAUAUCAAAGUGGCUAAUGCAUCGUCUAUUUUCACAGAAAACUACAUUCGGAAAGUUCGGGAGAAAUACUGUUCCAAUAAUUUAUCUAAAGUGUCAUCAAAUGAGCUCAGUGCUUUUAAAAACUAUGAAAACAUUAAAAUAAAGCUUAGUGAACUGGCAAAAAGAUACGGAUGGGGUACUCAUGAAAGAAAAGCUUUGGAAGAAUGCUGGGGUCUUUGGUUAAAAAGCAAGCACUCUGAUUUCCAGCAGAUAUCGGCUACGAAAGCAGCAGCCGUUUUCAAAGAACAGUUUGAAGAUCCAGUUCGACACGAUGCUGAAAAUGACAAGAUAGUACAUAACCCGUUUUUCUACGUCCUGAAAGGAAAUGAUCAACUGUGCAAUCGGCGUAUUGAGAAAGCUGUCGAAUGCUAUGACAGAGCAAUAGAUCUAGAUCCUGUAUUUUCUGUGAAUGCUCGUUACUGCAAGGCACAAGCUCUCCUCUCUUAUGCUGAAAAUAGGGGAAGUAAACAACAGGAAGCACUACGGGAGUUGAGAAAAGCAGAGAACCUUAUCAAAUCUGUAUAUCGUCCAAACCUUUUGACGUUCAAUACAUUAAUUGGACAGCACGAAUGCCUUGAUAAAACCUCACAACACGUACAACACCAACUGGACAUUCUAAGCCAACAAGAGGAAUUCAUUCAACAGGCUUGCGAAGCCAUCAAAACGGCUCAGGGGAACAACAACAACGUCAAACUGACCCUCAAAAGUUUAUAUGAAGUAUUCUCAGAGGCAAACGAAGAUCACGCCAAAGCCGUGCGCGAGGCAAAUGGCAAUGGUUUGAAGAAUCUGUUCACGGUUGAAGAGAAGCUGCCAAGACCAUGGGGUAGCAUUAUAACAGUCGCCAUAAUUGGUAUCACACAAAUUGGCGUCGGAUGCAUGAUAGCAUGGAGCACCGGAGGAGCGUUAGGUACGGGAUUCAUUGCUGAAGGAGUAGCGGAUCUAAUCGCAGCCACGACUGCAGCCAUCAAAGGAUCGUUCAGUUGGGUGGCCUGGGCGGCACAAAAAGUAGUCAGCAUAGCUGUGUCUGUUGUUUGCUCGGGCAUAUCUUCCAUCCGAAGAUCGCUUUCCAGUGCUAAAAAUUUGGGUGUUGGAUCAUUUAAAAAUGCCGGCAAAGCAGCGAUACAAAACAUGAAAUCAGCAGUGAAAGAUGUAUCCAGAACAUGUAAAGAUCUACUCAUUGAUAAAAUUGCUGUACCAAAAGGUGGAGUAAACUUGGCAAUAAAAGAAGUGGCACUGUCGAUGGGAAAAGGUAUUGUUAAGGAAUGCCUGAAUGAAGCCGGCAAGUACUGCAGCGAUAAGUUACUGAUGGAAAACUUGGAGAAAGUGAUCAGUGAAAAGGUAAACGAAGCAUUGAUAAGAGCCCUUGCUUCAAAUGCAUUAAUUGUGAAAGCACUAGAAAAAGACGAGCUGAACAGUGAUAGCUCUUGGAAGCAAUGGUUUUUGGAUGAAGGAAAUAAAUUACUCAAAGAUAAAGAAAUCAACAUAUGUAGGGAUAUGUUCAAACAAUUCGUUAAGGGUGUAGCAGAAGGUUCAAUACCAUACGCUGGAGCUGUCAUGCAAAUUCAAGGGGCAACCGAAUGUAUGAUUACUUUAUUAACUUAUACAGAUAACUUUAUUGAAAAAUUUAACAAAGUAGUGGCCUCUCACGAAAAAACCAUCAAUCAGAUUGUUGAAACGAGCAGCUCAACUGCUAGCGCUGUUACAUAUAAAGCACCGAAAAGUGAAAAUCAAAAUCAGACAUAUAAUCAGAACAUAGUUCAAGUAGUCAAUGUGGAUUACGACAGUUCGGAUAUUCUUGUGCAUCAGGCAAAAGAUGACAUAUAUUAUAGCUCAAACGAUCGACCUGCCACAGUCACAAAUUUGAAAUCGGUCUAUCGAGAACCAUCCACUCCUGAAUCGCUAGCCAAUGCUUUUGGUAAAACCAUCACAAGCAAAAUGGCAAAUUCUAUCAAAGAAAACAUAAUCAAUCCUGCUCUUAGCAAGGCUACAACAGCCGUAACCAAAAAGAUUUUUGAAGGUAUGGAAGAAUCAGUAUCGAAUCUUAGAAAGACGAUUAAAACCGAACGUGAUAAUCGUGAUGUGUCAGAUAGUUUUGCCAAUACUGCCUCUAAGGAUAAAUCUGAACAACGCAAUGAAGAUCUUGGUCCUGAAUCACUGAAAAAAAUUGAGUCAAUAAAAAGUGGUGAUCAUCCGCAAGAUAGCACAAGCUUGGCUUUAAUGUCCGCUGCAAUAAAUAGACCAAUCCACUUCUUCGAUGAGACAGGUAAAACAUUGAUAUACAUCGUAGGAGAUAAUCUUCCCGGUACGCCUAUGGCGAUAAAGUACACCCCUUCGAAGGACCAUUCUGUGGGACAUUUUAGUCCACUGAACUGCAAGAGCGAUGUAACUCCCUCAGGAAUGAAUUCUUGUGCCUUCGAUGCAGUUGUAUCUCAGCUAAGUUCUGCCGAGAAAAAAGAUCUACAGAUCCAUAGAGCAGAAGAUAUGCGCGAAAAAAUUGUACAACUAAUCGAAUCGAACCCUGAUAAGGCUGAGAAAAUGUUCCAGAAACAAGCUGAACUGGAAAGUAUUGCACAUGACCGUACCCUAAGCGGUGGACGGUUGACGACGAAAAAACUGGUAGAACUUAUUCAACAGUACGAUGCAAAUAGAGAAAAAUAUUCGAAAAUUGUUGAAAAAGAUGUCGAAGAGGAAUCCAGUACAAUGGAUGAAGGCAUGGGGAGACAACAGAUACAUCACCUCAUCCCAUAUUCUCUGCGGAACCAUGAGGCAAUCAGGAAGAGUGGGUUCAACAUCGACGAGCCGAUCAAUCUGCUGGCGUGUCCCGACAGUGAGCAAGCCCGUCAAGAUUUAAACACAAAACGACCAGUUCACCGUGGUCGGCACAGCAAUGGAUUCUUCGAUGGUAUGAGGAAAAAGCUAGAUAGCGCUCUCGAAACAUAUGGAGAUGAUGAAAAGAAAUUGACAAAAGACAUAUAUAUAAUUUGUUUAGAUGAACGCAAGCGUCUCCGAGAAGGAGAAAACAUAUGAA